AGCUGGUUAUGAUAGCAAAACCCUAUUAAAAAACUUUUGAAAUCUAUGUUGCACGUUAUACGCACAUAUAUUAUGUAAGAAUAGACGAUUGUUUAUUAGUGUCUUCUCGUGAAUUCCGGAAUAGAGGUUCUUGUGACGCUGUAAGCGCUGAAAUAUCAUACAUGUCUUCGUUAGGUAGUCUAUCUGGUGCUGAUAAGGGUGAACUUAUUGAGCAAGUUAGGCAGCAAAUAGCUGUUGCCAAUGCUCAAGAGCUGUUAACGAAAAUGACUGAAAAGUGUUUCAAAAAGUGUGUAGGGAAACCGGGUGUAACACUUGAUUCGUCAGAACAGAAAUGUAUCUCGAUGUGCAUGGAUCGGUUUAUGGACUCCUGGAACUUAGUUUCACGUGCUUAUGGAACUCGAUUACAGCGUGAACAAAACAAAAUGUAGUACAUAAAUUUAGAACUAAUAAAUUUAAGGAAACUUUUAAAUAUUAAAAAAGUUUGUUAAACACGUUAUUGAUAUGUCGAGUUAUGUUUUAGUUGACGAUUUUUUAAAGAG